CGUGGGGUUGUCAUAGGCCUCACUGCAAAGGAGAGCUGGACGGCGGGCACUGGCCUGGGGAGGGGCAGCAUGGGGGAGAGCCCAGAGGGGCUUGUCUGAAGAUUUCGCGCAUGGGCGAUGAAGGCCGGCAAAGCUGGCCAGGCGGACACAGGAGCCGACAUCUCGUUGGUGAAUCAGAGAUGAUGGGUAGGGAGGAGAGACCCGUGAAAGGCCUUGAAAGUGAAGGCAAGUGCUUUAUGCUGGCCAGAGAGCGGGGAAGCCGGCAGAGGGAGGUGGCCUGGCCCAAGCCAGGAGCCACGAAAGUUUCCUUGGCGGCAUUUUGAAUUGGUGGGAGCCAGGGGAGUGUCCGAGCCAGAAGGGAGGAUGCUCUGGGAGUCUGAUUGCAGAUGCCGAGAGUUCGGACAAGGCUUUGUGUGUGUGCAUGGAGAGGAAAGGCGGCGGAUCAGAGGCCUUCCCGCGGCGGGAGCACCUGCGUCCCGAGGAAACACGCUUUCGGCUCGGUACCGUGGCUCAUUGCGGGGUCCCCCUUGUACGUAGGGGGCCCCAGGCCAGUGUCGUGGGAAGGAAUCUGGAAUAAAGACUCCACUGGCGGCAACAUCGCGGUCAUGGGAAAGGAUUAUUACAAGACCUUGGGGCUCCAGUCGGGGGCAAACGAAGAUGAGAUCAAGAAAGCGUAUCGGAAGAUGGCCCUGAAGUACCACCCCGAUAAGAACAAAGACCCCAGUGCGGAGGAGAAGUUCAAGGAGAUUGCUGAGGCCUACGACGUCCUGAGCGACCCCAAGAAAAGGGCCGUCUACGACCAGUAUGGGGAAGAAGGUAAGGGCCUGGCGGGCUCCAACGCCGUCCAUCGCCGGCACCCGGAGCCGCUCCACUCCCGGAGGAAGGUCCAGGACCCGCCCAUCAUCCACGAGCUCAGGGUGUCCCUGGAAGAGAUCUACCACGGCUCUACCAAAAGGAUGAAAAUCACCCGCCGGCGCCUGAACCCGGACGGGCGAAGCACCCGGACCGAGGACAAGAUACUGAACAUUGUCAUUAAACGGGGCUGGAAGGAAGGGACCAAGAUCACCUUCCCCAAAGAAGGCGACGCCACGCCCGACAACAUCCCCGGACACGCGCAUUUCAAGCGGGACGGCACCAACGUGGUCUACACGGCCAUGAUCAGUCUGAAAGAG